AUGGCAUCUGACGCGUUUUGUUUCCUAUCCCUCUUCCUCUCCCGCUAUCCACAAUAUGCGUCCGCCCCUUUCCACAUUGCCGCAGAGAGCUGGGGUGGCCAUUAUGGCCCUCAUAUUGCGCAUUUUAUACAUCGAAUGAACAAAGAAUCAGACAUUGCCAAUCCUCUCGCAAUUCCGAAAAUCAAUAUGACAUCCGUGAUUCUCGCCAACGGUCUUACAGAUCCAGUCAUUCAAUUUGCUUCGAUACCCGCCUACGCCUGUGGCUCUUCACCAUACCCCCCGUUCGACCCCAACGGGCCUGAGUGUACAGCCUUGGCUCGCAACACCCCGGUUUGCACGGCUAUGAUUGAAGCAUGCUAUGAAUAUCCCUCAAACCUAACAUGCAGUCCCCCAACAUCUUCCUGCUGGAGAAAUUUCAUGGGGGCAAUAAUAUCAACUGAUCGAAACUCGUACGACUUGCGCAAGGUGUGCGAUGAAAAUAGCUCGAUAUGCUACGAAGAAACUAUAGGAAUCGAGAAGUGGUUGAAUGCGCCCUCCCACAAACGUGCGCUGGGCGUCGAUAUGGGCCGGGACUUCGCAAUGUGUAAUAUGACUGUGAAUGCCGCGUUCUACGAGCAUGGACAGGCUAUGCUCAACAGCGCAGCUUUGCUUCCAGAGCUGAUCGAUGCGGGUAUUCGUCUUGUUGUGUACGCUGGGAACACUGACUUCGUAUGCAACUAUAUGGGUAUCGAGCAGUGGAUGCGGAAGCUAGAGCAUAUCUUCCAUCCUGAAUUCGGAAAGGCACCCUCGCGAAGGUGGUAUACUAUAAAGUCUGGCCUGCUCGGUGGGGAAGUACGGACUGCUGGACAAGGCGCCGGAAACGUUACGUUCGUGCAAAUCUAUGACGCGGGACACAUGGUCUCGCAUGACCAGCCUGAAGCUGCUGCGGAUAUGAUCAUGCGAUGGAUCAAAAACAUUCCGUUCAUACCUUAG